AUGUCUGAAAAGGCAGCUCCCGCUCCGUCGCCCAGUGACAUCAACUUCAUGAUCCAGAUCUUCCAGCACAUGACCGAGAAGCCUGUAAUUGACUGGGAUAGCUUCGCCAACGCGGCGGGCUUCAAGAGCGCUAGUGUGGCCCAGACUCGAUGGGGUCAAAUUAGACGCAAGCUCAGUCACCCUGUUGGCCAGGCCACUCCCAAAAAAUCCACUGCCCAAGGCUCCUCCACCACUCCGGGCUCCGCAUCCAAGGUCAAGAAGACUGCCGGUCGUGUCGGCGCGAAGGCCAAGGGAAAGAACGCGGUUAAGAUGGAGGAAGACGCUGACGAGGAGGGCGAUGAAGAUGAGGAGACUGAGACUCCCAGCAAGGCGGCUCGAGUCAAGCUCGAGGACGCGGCAAUUUGA